AUGCCAAGGGUGGGAGAUCUUGACAUGAUGCUGCUGCCUUCCUCUGAGUCUUCCGAAUGUGGGUCUGUGUGGCACAACAGAAACACGUGUGCUCCCAGCACACAAAGGUGCGCAUGCAAUUCUUCAAUGCAGAACUGAUGUUUGUACAGGAAAUUGAUUGACUGAAUGAAUGAAUUUAUGUACAGUGGUACCUCGGGUUACAUACGCUUCAGGUUACGGUCUCUGCUAACCCAGAAAUAAUACCUCGGGUUAAGAACUUUGCUUCAGGAUGAGAACAAAAAUUGUGCGGUGGCAGCGGGAGGCCCCAUUAGCUAAAGUGGUGCCUCAGAUUAAGAACAGUUUCAGGUCAAGAACAGACCUCCGGAAUGAAUUAGGUAUUUAACCCGAGGCACCACUGUACUGCCUUUCUGCCGAGGUGCUCAAAGCGGUUUGACAAUUUGAAACUGCAUGAAAAUAAUAUUCAUGAAAAUAAUUUGAGAGCACAGGAAGAAGGGCAAAGGGAUUGUUGUUGUCUAUAUCUGUUUUGCUAGCAGUAUCAAAGGUGUGCCGUCCAUGUUUCGCUUUAUUGCUCAGACACCCACAAGCACUCACAGAGCCUGCCCUUCUAGUAGGUUGAGUGAAGUGGGUGCCUCAGAUGGCAGAUUCCAGGGGGCAUCAGCAGCGUCUUCCAGCCAUUUCCCCUUCACCCUGGCUUUCCCCAUCUGCCUGAGCUACUGCCCUGGUGGUGUUACUGCUUAAAAAGGUGAAGGGACCCCUGACCAUUAGGUCCAGUUGCGGACGACUCUGGGGUUGUGGCGCUCAUCGUGCUUGUUGUUUCAGUGGUGCUGCAUCUGUGUUCAAAGAGGGUGCAUGUAUAUUUUUUCAUUAUAUUGUUAGUUUAAAUGUGGAACAUUUUUUAAAAAGUUAAAUACUGCUCCAGUAACUGGUGAUGUGCGGGGAGGGGAGGAAAGUUUCUUAGUUCCAUUUUCGCUGUUAACCAAUCAGUGCUGUGUACAGACAGCAUCUGUUGCAAACUCACAAAACCAUUUUUUCAGAACUGGGCCCCAGAGAGAAGUAUGUGUGUUUAUGUGUCCCAGAUUGGGCCCCCUGCUUCAGGAAUAUUGCAUUUGUCUUCACCUUUAAUCAUGCAAGAAUGCUAGUAUUCUUUCAUUACAAUUUGCUGAACUCAGCAUUUCCUUAAUGUGGGGGUUGAUCUGCAUAUGGAAUCUUAAUAGGUCAGCAAGCCCAACUGAUUUCAAUAGACUCAUUUCUGUUGAUUGUGCUGUUAGCAUAUGAUAGAUAUUGAUAGAUGUUUUGAAAUGCUUGCUGAUUUUUUAUAAAUGUGAAUUCUUUGUUGGGUUUAGUAAACUGUUGCAAUAAUUAAUUGGAUUAUUCAGCAGGGUAUUGCACUUUAGAGAGAAGCAAAUUAAAGUGUACAAAUAUUUCAAAUGAAUAAUGGUGGGAAUCUGGUACUAGUUAUAUUCCAAAUGAGUUUCACAAUGUCCUUUCCAUCAUAUUUAUUCUGUGGUAGCAUUUUUGGUUAGUAAUAAAAACCAGAGUAUAAGUUCAUUGGAAUACAUGCAGUAUCCAAAAGCAAUUGACCCUACAAUUCUCAUGCUGCUUCCUCUGUGAUCUCACUGGAAACAUCUGGAUUAAACAAGACUAUAGCAACCUAAAGGUACAUAAAGGAUCUGGGAGUCACCUCUUUACCCUGAGCUUUGACAUGUAAGAAAGUUUUUUAAGGGCCUGCCCUAUUCUCCUGAUGGUGUUUAAUUUGUUGUGAACUGUUUACAAUACUGUAUUUUUAAUUACUACGACCCACACUGGGUUAUGGUGAUGGGUAGGUAAUAAAUCCUAAUAAUAGUAAUACUAAUAACAAUAAUAAUAUCAGCACAGCUGACAUAGAAAAGCUACAUAAUGUAUCUUUUAAUUUGAGUUUAAGGGUUGGGUUUAAUUUAAGAAUAAAACUAAAUAAACAGAGCAGGUGUUUCUUUCCAUAAAGGAAACCUGAAAAGACUAACAAAGGCAAUGUUGUUAACCUCAUUUUGGAGAGAAGGCGCAAUGAAACACAAGCAGAAGUUACUUUCCAUCUUGGGCAGAGUUAGAAUAGCUGAUGUUUCGGAUAUACCAAAUUCCAUCGCUUAUUAUCAGUUUGCUGAGCCAGCCAGUCGUGGUGUAACUGAUAUCAUACAGAGUGUACAUUUCAAGCCUCCAAGCUUUUUCUGGAUUGUAAUUUAGAAAACAAAUACCUCUUAAAUUGCACAUUACAGAUUAAUUAGGAUUUGGUUGGAUAUGAUUAGGCCAAUUAAAUUGAGCUUCAAAUCAGGCAGUGAUCACCCAUUAUUUACAGCCCUAGGCAAGAAAAGUACAAAUUAAUCACCUGUGACUCCCCCAUUCCUGGCUUAUUGGAAAUGGCAGCUGCCCACCCACCCAACUACUAUCUCCAAAGCUUUGGGGAAAUCCCUAAUGAGAAUUUUCAUGGUAGCAAACAAAGCCCUGACAUAUAGAUAUUUUUCAGCUGCUUAAGGACACAAGAAGAGCCCUUUUGAUCAGACCAGAGGCCUAUCUAGUCAUAGAGUCACUGAGUUGGAAAGGUCCACAGGGGUCAUGUAGUUGAACUCCCUGCAAUGCAGGAAUCUCAGCACCCUGUUCUCGAUGGCCAACUGGAUUCCUCUGAGAAGCCCAAAACUGGGGCAUGUGUGCAGCAGCACUCUCUCACUUGUGUUUCUCCACAACUGGUAUUCAGAGGCAUGCUGCCUUUGAGAGCCCUCAUGCCUAGUAGCAUCAUCCACCAGGAAUUUAUUUAACCCCCUUUUGAAGCCAUCCAAACUGGUGGUUCUCACGCUACAUCUUGUAGCAGCAAAUUCCCUAAUUCAGCUACGUGCUGAGAGAGGAAGUCUUUCCCCAUGACUGCUCCAAAGCUUCAACUGUUCAGCCUCACUGGAUGACCCCUGGUUCAAGUAUUAUGAGGAAGAAAAACUUCUCCCUAUCUGUUUCCUCCAUACCAUGAAGGAUUGCAUACACACCUCUCAUGUUUCCCAUCACUUGCCUUAUUUCCUAAAGGUGGCAAACAUUUCAAACUUUUUUCGUAGAGAAGUUGCUCUACCCCCCGAUAAUUUAGGCUGCUCUUUUCUGCACCAUUUCCAGGCAUGGGAGCCAGAAGUGCACACAGUAUUCUAAGUGCAGAUACAUUUGUAUAAAGGCAUUGUGAUAUUUGCCGUUUUGUUUUUUAUUCCUUUCCUAAUGAUUUUUCGCCACAGCUUAGUAAAGGUGUCCAGCUGAGACCUAGCUCUGCCAAGCAGUCCUUUCAGAAUAAUAAUAAUAAUAAUAAUAAUAAUGUCACCCAUCUGACUGGGCUGCCCCAGGCACUCUGGGCAGUCUCAAACAAAUUAGAACGCAGUAAGACAGAAAGGCUCUGGGCUCACUGAAAUGACAGGUUCAACAAAGCCAGCUUUCUCCAAGCUAGCGCCUUCAUCUAGAGAGGUUUUGAACUACAACUCUCAUCAGUCUCAAUCAGCAUAACUGUGAGCUAUAAUCCAAAACAUCUGGAGGAGGGCACCAGGCUGGGGAAGAUGAGCUAAGCCUUUUUAAACCCUUCUGCUUUUCGAAUGACUUUGCUCUAAUUAUUAUUUCAUGAGAUCUUCACGGACCACAGAGAGAAUUCGGAGGACAUAGCAUUCAGUCCUAAAGCACUCUUUUCGGCACAUCACUCUUAAUGGCUUCAGCUACAAAGGCAGUCUGUGAAAUCAGGGCCAGUUAACUCUUUCAUCACUCAUGCACACACACACAAAAAAACCCCCAAACAUUAUUGUCAAUGCAAAGUCCUUCCAGGGCCCUUAGCUGGUAUGCACAAUGCACUGACUGUGAUAAAAUGGAUUCUGAAGGCUCAUAUUGUUACAGGCUAUCAAGUGACUGAACUGGAUAGGCUCCAGUGAGUGGGUACAUCCAUUUUUUAGAAUGGAAGCUUAUGUUCAAUGUCAUUAAAAAAACAAAAACAAACCACCUGCACCUCCACGGUCACAAAAAUAGCCUUCAAACAGCAAACAUAACCCACUAUUAAUAAUUAGUCUGGCUGUGCAAGUCUUGUUUCCGCACUCAUAUAACUGAGCAGCAGUGUCUUUCAGUGCUGUGUCAAAAGGGCACUGUGAUCCCGAAGCCCAGCCUUGUAACUGGCAACUUGCUUUGUCACCCUAGGUGACAAGGAAUUCUAUCCAGGCGAGUGGGUGGGUGGGUGGGCGGAAGAGGGAUGGGUCACUCCACCCAUCCUCCACCUGCUGACUUGAGUGAUGAAAGGUCCUUGCCAUGCCUGUGGACCCUCCAAAGUGCUAGGCGCUAAGAGAAGAGCUCUGUGCCUUGUGUCUUGCUGUGGCUGCCAAUGGUCAAGUCUUAGGCGCAUUGGGUUGGUCACGGUGAGAGGAAAGUGCUGGGCUAGAUGUGCCCCUGGCCUGAUUCAGCAGGACACUUCUGCUGUUCUUAAGGAUAUAGGGCUCAGACGAAAGGGCACUGUGGAAGCACUGCAUUACUGAGGUCCUAUUCUAAACGCCAUCCUUCAGAUGAAAUCUGGAAUUGCUAAGUAACGACAGAUCCGAGGAAAAGAGGCUAACCGACUGUUCUCAAAGGGAACAUGAAAUGCAUCUGAGCCAAGGGCAGAAGGGCAAGUCCUGAGAGCCAAGGGAUGAGGACUGAGAGGUGAGCCAUAACAUCACACCUGGCACACAGGCUCUGAUCUCAUCCUCUUAUUACACUCUUCAGCUACAGCAGCCGGUAAGCUGAUCAUUGGCAAGGAGUGUGUGGGGGGGGGGGUCAAGGCAUCUAAAUGACCUGUGUAAGCUGCAACUAAAUCCCACCUAGCUAAUUAAGAAAGGCCGGGUGCAGUGGAGGGGGGGGGGAAAGCAGUGAAGUCUGAAGAAAUCUAAUAUGACUAUAAUAAUGUGAUAAUUACCCUAAACCACACGGGAGUGUAAGAUAAUCUCACAUCUUCCAAUAAUAGCUUCAAAGGGCUGUACCUCAGCAGUCACUUUCCACUAAUUGUUGAAUUACAAACAAAAUGAGCACAUUGGGGCAAUUACAUAAUUUAUAGUUUCUGAAUAAAGUGUUUCGAAAAGAAAAACCCGGGUUGAAGGGCUGAUUCAGUUCAUCAAGGGACUGCACAUCUUUUCUGCAUUUCAGCUUUCCCCUAAUAGUCCCAGAAUUCAACCCUCACUUAAAACUAAUAAUCAUGGUAAAUGUGCACUCCAGUGCUGGAGCUCAUAAUCUUCAAUAUACAAAUAUGAGUCUCUUUUUUUUAAGAAAAAGAAAAAAAAUCAUAAAAUGGAAAGAUGUUGCUGCAGGAGGACAGUAGCCAUUCUCUUGUCUGAAUGAAUGGAUUAACAGUCGAUGGACAAUUGCAAUGCCUCCCUUAUCCCUUCUUAUGGAACUUUAUAUUCAAAUUUGACUUGGACUGGACAAAUAGAGGACUCUUCCAGAUACAGAAUUAUCCUCCGUAAUGUAGGAUGCAUGGCUGCUGCAAUAGGUGACGGUAGUUUGUCGAUGUUCUAACCCUUUGAGACAAGAUAAAUGGAAUGUAUUUGCCCUCUGUCCAUUACAGCAUACUCUGGUGUCUUGGGGGAAGAAUCACAUGCAAUAACCCUCACAACAGAAAUGAUGCCCCAAGGGGAAACUCUCUGUACUGUGAAACAAAAGAGUAAUUAUUGAGGAGAAAUUGUGUCUCCAAACACAAGGAGCUCACAGCAUACCACUAACUAAUGACACAAAACUAGCAGUUCCACAACUGAACUGCAUUCAUCUGUCACAGAGCAUGACCUAUGCAAAAGACCAAGAGAACAGAAAGAUCUUAAAAUCUUUUUGAGCUGAGAUGGGGUGUGAGAGAGAGACAGAUGGAUAGGUGGGGGUGGAAGCUGUGAAUACUAGAGCUGAAAAUGAUCUGCUCUGCAGACAGAUUCAUCUGAGGAUUUUCGAGAAUCAGCCCCAAGUUGGCCUUGCAGUACCAAGUGGCAAGAACACAGGCAGGGAGAUUGGAUCAAAAGUAUACAUGCUACUCAAAUCUCAAGGCUGUUCUGCCAAGAAGAAUGAACAUAAGUGCUGGGACUGUACUCCUAGUUUUUAUCAGCAAACUAGGUGGCUGAAUGCUAACAAGAACCAAAAUGAGGGGACAGCAUGUUCGGCUGAACAUUUUGAAACAACAACCCCCACCCCACAAGAGGGCACACAUCUUCGCCUUCCCCAACAGUCAAAUACAGACUUACUGGUCUCCAGAAGCCACAGAAUGCUGAGUGUCAACUGGAAAAGAAAAAUGGUAAACUGCUUAGGCAGCAGAGGAAACCUGCCUGCCUGAGCCCUUUAUAGCUUAUAGUACUCUGGGGGAGGACAUAAGAUGGCUCCCUGAAUGGGGGCAUCAAUUAGAAAGCAAGGACAUGCUGCAACAUUUUGUUGCAGGGCCCAUUUCAGAAUGCUAAUGAUUUACAAGGGGAGUAGAUCAGUGUUAAGAGCACCUGCCUUGCAUGCAGAUGGUCCCAAGUUCAAUCCCCAGGUAGGACUGGGAGAGACUGCCUGCCCGAAACCCUGGAGAGCUGCUGCCUGUCAAUCAAUACUCAACUAGAUGAACCGAUGGACUUGAGCUUCCUAUGUUCCUGUGUACAAGCCUGACAAAAUGAAAGACCUGCUAUUAUUUCUUUAUUAUUAAAAUUUGUAUUUUGCCCUCUGACCCAAAGGCUCUCAUGGCAGUAUGUAACAAUUGAUCAAAAUGCACAAAUCAAUAGAGAAAUUAUAAUAUACAAAAUAGGUAUCAAAAAACAAAUCAAGAACACAAAUCCAAGCUAUCCAGCAUCAGUUUGCAUCACUUUUAAUUUACAUUGUCUAACAGGAAAGCCUUUUUACCCAUUAGUAAACCCCCACACAGGGUGGGGUGGGGCAGUGGCUUCAUUUGACUAUAUUCAAGGAAAAGUCUCUGCAACCUUUCUGGCAAUCCAUUCCAUCACUGAGCUGCCCUUUGUUCCUAACGUUUCCUAAUGUACGUAAAUGAACCCACUCCUUUCCCCCCUUUUUUGUUUGGCAUUUUGCAGAGGGGCACAAAUGCUGUCCCUCUCCCUUUUGACAUCCCUUUAAAUAUUUGACAACUGUCAAGCAAUCUAAUCUUCUCCUCUUUCCUCCUUAAAUAAAUAUGCCCAGUUGCUUCAGCUGUUCCCCAGACAACUUUGUUGUGUUGAUCCAUUCUGCCACUUGCAGCUUCUCACAGAAUCAUUUCCCCCGUUUGUCUGCAGCCUUCUUGAACUCUGAACCUUUACUGAACUAAAUACAGUAUUGCAAAUAUGUUCUUUGCCACUGCUGAGCAGAGAUGUAAUAUUACUUUUGGGGUCGUGGAUGUUUCUAUUAGCACAGUCCAAAAUGUGCUACAGCAACUCAUUGUUGACUCUUACAGUUCUCUACAAAUGCUGAGCACAUUGUACUGCCAUUGUACACACUGAGUUCUUUAUUAUAUGUGCUGUUAGGAGAGGGGGUGUAUUUGCUUUGGCCCCUUUUACCCUGCUGACCUUUCAGAUGUUUAAUAUUAGCACAAAAUGCUAGCAAUUUGGAACUGCGCAGUACUGUCUCAUUCCAUGAAUGUGAUUAAUUAGGUGGCACAGCCCAACUACGUUAAUUGUCAGAGAGCCUGUCACUUGGCAAAUACACCAGCAAUGAUCUUUUGCAGCUGCUGUUCUUUCAGAGAUGACAUCUCUAUUACAGCUGGCUUAUUUAGAUGGUUUCAGGAAGGAUGUAAUUCAUACACCUUCACAGCAUAUCUGGACCAAAGCAUCAUUUGCAAUAGGAUCAGAGCAUGGAUACCAAUAAAACAGUACAUCAAGAACAAAAGAGGUGCACAUAGUAUUAUGUGGAAUUUGGGGGGGGGGUGAGUGGCAGCGGCGGAAUUCAGCUGAUGUAAAACUCUGAUGUAAAAAAGUCUGAGAAACUUUGAAAGCUUCAGCAUAAUGCAUUAUAUAAAUAGUUCAGACUAGAAAAAAAUGGAGUAGUGACUAAGACCAUUGCUGUAUUUAAACACUUUCAUUUUUCUGGGGGAAAAGACUUUAAGAUAACUUCCAGAUUUGAUCCUGCUUUGCUUGUACAGAUUUUGUGGGGAGGUUAUGUGAUAUUGACUAUUUACUGAGCAUUCUUUCUGAUUUGUUUGUGAGAAGGCUGCAUCAAACAAUUGUUAUCCCACAAUUUCCAGUGCAUAUUCCUGUUGUUUACCUUAUUAAAAAACAACCAAUUUUUGGGGAGGUGGGGAAGCAGGUUUGCUGCAUAACAGCAUCAAACCAACUUUAAUUGCAUGACCUGAAUUUGUCAGUAUGUGAUUACGAUUACGAUUAUUGUAAUCGUAAUUGUAAUCACAUACUGACAAAUUCAGGUCAUGCAACUAAAGUUGGUUUGAUGCUGUUAUUAAAUCUCACACAAAAAAAAAUAGUGACAGCCUGGAAGUGUCUCAACAAAAGGCAGAAGGGUCACCAGGAAAAUACAGAAUGACAAUAGCUGGAUGAUGGUGUUGUGUGGACGCUCCAUAAAAAGUACGGUAUCUGAAGGGGGGCAGAAGAAUUCCACACUAAUCACCCACAUGGAAGCUCUUUGUGCUACUAAUUCAAAGUCCUAGGUGUAUGUACCUUUGAAAUGCACAAGAUGGAUAAGAACAAUGAUUUUGAUUUCAGCAGCUUUGGCCACUUAAAAUGAACACUUUCCCUAAAUAAGCAAACCCUUUAGGCAAAAGGCUAGAUUUGCAGAUGAGCUUAUGCAAGCUGUAUGAAGGUCAAGUGUAAUGGGAAAUUAAUGAUCAAUGUAAUGAAUUAAAUUACAUGGUUAUUCUUGUUACAUAAGAAUUAAGGAAGUUAUUAGUAAUUACCUCGAGUAAUCACUGUCAUUCUUAAACAAACUUUAACCCUUGCCCAACCUUUUAGCAACUCAGUCAUCAGUUGAACUAGGUAGGGGUGCUUAAAGGGGGUAAGGAGAGGGAUGACAUUUUGGGUCAAAUCUAGCGUUGCUCUUCUGCAAGCAGAAAUGCUUCUUCCAUUUGUGGAAGGAAACACAAUCCAGUGGAGACUCCAGAUGGAUAAUUUUUCACCAGUUCCCUCCACAGACCCUGCACCAUCUUCCACCUGAUUUUCAAGGGGCACAGGAGGCAUCCACAAAACAAAUGGCUUCCCUACCCCUUUCCUCCAGAGGGAACAUCCCACAAGUGAGUGGAGUUUAUAAGUGUGGUUAUUUUUGUUGAGGCUGACUGUCAGGGCCAACCCAACCAUAAGCCAGACUGAGAAAGCUGCCUCAGGUGGCAGAAUCCAAGGAGCACCUCUGUGGGCUGUCUUGCAAAAUCUCACUGGAACCCCAAAAACCACAGCCUUGCAACCCCAGUGAAGCUUCAGCAGAGGCAGCAAGGGGUGGGUAGGUGGGUGGAACGCGUGCAGUGCAGCACCUUUACAUUUUGCCUCAGGCGGCCAAACAAGACAGGCUGUUACUGUCUAUGGUCACCAUUUUUUUUUAAAAAGAACUGCUUUUCUUACUGUGGAAACAAUCUCUUUUGUUAAAUGGAAGCGCUCACGUCGCAAAUCAAACACGCUGCUUUUCCCAGCCUUGUUAGGUGGGUUGAAGUGAACCAGUGUCCAAUCUCCACCCGACCCCACAAAUCCUUCUUGCUCAGGGACCCUCGGCCUUUACUUCUGUGUAAAGAUACUGAGGUCUGUGCUGCACAGACGGUGUGAUUCCUAACCAGCAACAAAGGCAUAUUGGGGGGGGGGGGGACCAAAACCGGCCCAGGGCAGUCCAUGAUAGAGCAAGCGACCGCCACACAGAGUACGGUCUGCUGCUGCUCCUCCCGUGUUACACUGAGGGAAGACUAAAGACCCACCACAAGCUUGUUGUGGAGAAAGUCCUUUAACGCACGACAACCAGGACGGCCGUCGCCCAAAGCUGGGCAGGUUGCCGGAUCAAAACCGCGCGGGCGAAAGGCGCGUGCUAAGUUCUGUGACGCCUUGAUGUUCUGGAGCGGCUCGGGAAGCGCUCAAGGGACCCAAGCAAAGCUGGCACAUAAGCUGAGCUUAACCGCCUAUUUAUAAGGAAGAGCUCCCCGCCACCCGCUGCCUUUUAGUAGUCUCUGCCCACAUUUGGCUCCCCGCUCGCUGCCCAGUCCGUGCUCUUCCUCCCUCCCCAUCCUUGUCCCCAUCCUAACUGCUCCCCGCCCCCCCCCCCCACUAGUCCCCAUCAUCACGCGGCGCACGAUGCCUUGCCGCCCGCCUCGGCUCCCCUAGCAACAGAGCCUGGCUCCCUUAACUCCCCCAAUCAGCGGAGGCUUGCUUCGUCAGAGCCAAUGGAGAUGCACGGGGCGGAGCCUACCCUCUGCCAGCGGGGGAAGGGCCGCCCCGCUCGGCGCCGCCAUUUUGGCCUCUGAGAAACAAAAGAGUCGAAGCCGCUGCUGACGGGGAGCUAUUUGGCAGGUAACCGCAUCUCUCGGUUUUUUAUUACUGUACUAUUAUUAUUAUCAUCACCACCAACAUUACCGUUCCCACCCUUGGGUGUCUCAAGGUGUGAGGAAGAACCGAGGAGUCUCAUCCCGUCUCGGGAUAGGAGCCCAAAGGUCCCUUUCAUGCCGGCUUGAGAAGAGCCGGUGGCAAGGCCACCAUCUUCCGCCCCUUCUCCCUGCGGGUGGAGCCGGUUGCCACAUCCGCACCCCGGCACCACGUUGCUUUCUCCCGUCGUCCUCAGGCAGCCCGCCUCAGGUAUUCGGCUCCCUCGGCUCCUGUAGCCGUUGAAACCCCAAAAGCGCCGCCGUGGCAGCGUCAUUGGAGGCAGCAGACUUAGAGGGAGGCUUGCUGUUUCCAAGGGAUGCUUCUAGGAGAGGGGUAGGAUGAGGAAACGAAGCCUUUAAUGUGCGCCCUACCUCCCCCCCCCCAACCCCACACGUCCCAGUACCAGCCAGGUAUCAGUGAAUAUGGUGUGGGUCGUCCCCCCCCUCGUUUGUCUCUCUGCAAUCCCCCUCCCCAUUUUCUACCCGGCAGGAAUAUAUAUCUGAGCACCGCUCUCUCGCGCUCUGUGUUGCGUUUGGCUUGUGAUGUGGGCCCGCAUCACCGGGCAUCCAAACUGAAAAUGGUCGGGCGGGGGUGGGGAGGAGGAGAAAAUUGCUGCGAACAUUUCAAACCCCCCCCCCCCCCUUAUUGCGUUUUUAUUAUACAUGCACUUUUAUGUUGGGUUUGUUUUAACACUUGAAUCGUCAUCCUUCUCUCCUUGGGUGAGAUUUCUCUUUCCUUUAUCUUUCCCUUAUCGGAAGGUGUACGCAGGGUUAGAAAACCUUUCGCGUAGGGCCAGGAGGUCAUAAAAUGGUGAGGUACUUUGAACUUCUGGGUGGGUGUGGUUUAAAGCUUUUAUUGUGAUGGGAAAUGCAUGACUCAUUGUUACUCUGCAAUUUUGAAAUAAGCUGGAUGACUAACCAGGUACUUGUAUAUGCCCUCCUGAUUUUUUUCUUUCUCCACAUGUUGCACCUGCCUGGUGUAUUUGUAUGAGAUUUGUAUCAUAAAUUUGGAACAUCUUGAUCUUACAUUGUAGUAACCUAUUACUGUAGUUAUUUAAUUGAAUGUCUAAUUGACUUCUUCCCAGGCAGUACACCGUGUGUUGAAAGACCUUUUAUUGCCCUGAAAAAAUAUUAGCAGCAGCCCUGAGGUACUGUGGUUGUUUUGACAUGCACAUGACACAAUCAUGGUGUUCUGUAUUUCUGAUGUAAUUUUCUUAUGUUUUGGCCUGAUUUUAUAGCACACCAUGCCCUACAGACUUGCUGUGGUUGGCAUAUUAUUAACAUGGCAAAAAAUAAGUCAGUAUCUACCCAAAUAACUUCCUCUUAACAGCUCUUAACAUUUUAUUAGAAUUCUUUUUCAGAGCAAAUUGCUCAAAAGUGUGCAAAAAUGUAGGUAAAAGAAAACAAACACAUGGAAGAAGUUCAGUGAUUACUAGCAGUCAUGUUGAAAGUUAGUUGAAAUGUUAUGUGAACAAAGUUGUAACCGGAAGGCAACCAGUGAAGUAGCUCGCCAGGAGACUGCAGGAAGCUUUGGAGAUUCCGGAAUGUUGAUAGAAAUGCAUAUGGUGGUCCAUGGCCUCUUGAGGAGGGGAUGUGGAUUACUAUCUGUACCACAUCAACCUUAAUAGCUUUCAAAAGCAUCCCAGUUUACAGCCUGGUACAGAAUUAUCCAAAUUAUACAGAAUACAUGAAGAUGGCUACCAUAUCUUAAUCAGUGACAAAAGAUGUCAGCCUUCUCGCCAGAUGGUUAUAGUGAAAACAGCUUAAGUCACCAGUGAGUACUUCAAGGCUCCAUUGUGCAGUGAGCAGGAGUGGUUAUUUCCCAUCAGUUAUGAGUGAUCCUUCAGUUUCUAGACAACAGACUGUCAACCAUCAUUACAUUGGCCGUGUCACCAUAUUUUCCACAUUCUUCUGAUAUGUGAUAAGGUAUGAUAUAGAAGACAAGCUGGACAUAAAUUGGCUUAUUUAGGAUAGGGGUAUUUAACCUGUAGCCUUCCAGAUGUUGUACUACAACUCCUGCCAUCCCUUACCAUUGACUGUGCGGCCUGGGGUUGAUGGAAGCUGAAGUUCCAACAUCUGGAGGACCACAGGUUCUCAGUCCCUGAUUUAGGAUUUAUAAAUGAAAUUAACGGAGAUAUAUUGUACAUAGUCAGUUUAUAAUAAAUGCUAUUGACAUCUUAGUUAACUGGAUUGUUUUGGUUGUUUACACCCCCUUUGCCAGUAAGGGGCAGUACUCUGUUGCUUGAGGUGAAGUAUUUGCAUAAUCCAAAUUUACUUAUGUGAGUUCCCCACAGUCAUUGGGGAUGUUUGGCAUGUGAGAGCCAAGAUCUUAUAGCUGUCUGCCAGUCACUUCACAGCCACCAGUGAUCCUUCCCUUGCAUGUUUAAGGGAGUAAAGGUGGAGAUCUUGUUGAUGGAUGGGGUGAAACUACAAGACGUCCCACCAUCUUCUAACCGUUGACUUCACUAGGAAGCAAAAAGUAGUAGUUUCUACAAAUAGGGAUAUUAUUAAAAGUGGGAUUUGGGCAGUGUUAGGAAACUUAGAUAUAUAAGCUAAUCGCCAAAUGGUGCCUUAAACCUAGGUUACUGUUGUCAAAAUGGAAUGUCUAGAUGUCUUUUUCCUCAAUGUGGUUUUUUAUUACAAUUUUUAUUCAUUUCAUUUCUAUACUGCUUUAUAUUUUAAAGAGAAAAAUCUCAAAAUGGUUAACAACACAUUAAAACAUCAAAUAAUACAAUCCAGAACAAAACAAAUUCAAGCUUCAAUGAAAAUAUUUCAGACUGUUUCCCCCAUAUUUAUUUACCUACUUAAUUUAUAUAGCUUCCCCAUAGUAGAAGUACUCUAGGAAGCCAGUGUGGUGUAGUGGUUAGAGUGUAGGACUAGGGCUUGGGAGAUCAGGGUUCAAAUCCCCACUCAGUCAUAAAGCUUCCUGGAUGAUCUUGGGCCAGUCGUAGCCUCCUAACCUAUCUCACAAAGUGUUUGUGGGUAUUAACUGAGGAAGGAGUAAACUAUGUACACAUUGGAGGAAAAGGUGGGAUAUAAAUGCAAUAAAUAAGCUUUUCUGCUUACCUUCUUAAGAAAGCUGAAGGGGCCAGCCAGAUGGAGAUGCCAGUUGUGAGCCUGGUAUCCAGAGAUUUAUAUGUAGUUACAACUGGACCUACGCCUGUCACAAAACGCACCUGGCUGAUUUUGAACACUGAUGGCCGAUGAAGGGAUCCCUCAUCCCCCUCACACAGCAUAGAGCCCAUUGGAGAUGGUGGUGAUGACACAGAUGGCUGUAUGACCCCCUUGCAUUUUCAUAAUCCAUUUAGCUGAAUUACUUGGGUUGGAGAGACUAAUGCCUCUGCUAUCCAUUGCAACAAGCUUGCUAAAUACUUUAUAAAUAAAAUGAUGCAUAUCUGUUUUGACUAGGAUGCCAUAUUUCAAGUAUAGAUAACUUUAGCACCCCUUUACAGUUGUACCUCGGAAGUCGAACGGAAUCUGUUCCGGAAGUCUGUUCAACUUCCGAAAUGUUCGGAAACCAAAGCAUGGCUUCUGAUUGGCUGCAGGAAGCUCCUGCAGCCAAUCGGAAGCUGUGGAAGCCCCGUCAGAUGUUUGGCUUCCAAAAGAGGGUUUGAAAAUCGGAACACUCACAAGGUACGACUACAUUUAUUUGGAAUGGGCAAGGUAGUAGUAUAGUUGUCUGUAUAAAAAGUUUCACAGAAUCUAAAGUGAGAUGAAGUAGAGCUUGUCCAAUCUCCCCAGGAGGGUAUUUUGGAACUGGCACCAUCAGUGAGAAGGCCCUGCACUUGAUACCCACCAGCCAUAUUUCCAAUGAAGAUGAACUGGAGAGUAGAGCCCCUGAAACCAUUCUUAAGGAAUGAGCGCAUUCAUGUAGAUGGAAGUGGUCCAAUUCCACUGAGGGUUUUAAAGACUAAAAGCAACACUUUAAUUUGAGGCCAGAAAAAAAUGUAGUUGAUAUCAAUGUGUUAUGUCCUACACACUAAUUAACAUUCUGGCAAAUACACUUUGUACCAAUUGCACUUUUAAAACUUUGAAAGCAGCCACACAUAGACAACAUUGCACCAGCUUAGAUGAUUACUGUGAUUUAUGGAUGUGACUAGUGCGUGAGUAACGAGUCAAAUCCAUGCUUUCGAAGUAAGACCACAACUAGACAAAACUGAUAAAAGGCACUCUUGCCUGCUUACAUAGUCUGAUUAGUUCCAGGAGUAGCCCCAGACUGCAUACUUAGUCCUUCAGAUGGAGUUCUGUCAUUGCCUGCAUUAAGGAUCAUUUUGUUUGCUCCCAUCCAUGCAAAGACUGACUCCAGAUACCAAGUUGGAGUUUUCACAACUUCUCUGUGGUUAGAGGAUGGAACGAGAGAUAGAGCUGUGUGUCAUCAGCAUACCAAUUGUACUACAUUUCAGAAUUCCAGAUUAUGUCUUCCAGUGGUGCCAUUUGUAGAAUAAACAAUGCUGAAUCAGAAAGCACUGAAGUUGUCAUUGUAGUGGACCUGCUGAAGUAGGAUGUAUGUAGCAUGAUGGAUGAAAUUAUACAUGCUGUGAAAGGUGAGGUACAUAGCCUAGGAUCCUGGGAGCAGCCCAACUUCUGGAUGCCCAACUGAUAUUUGUUAUAGACACAUGCUUCUUCUCAGUUAAUAUUCAGCAUGCCAUCUUCCAUCCCUUUUGGAAAUCAAAGGCAUUUUGAUCAGUGUAAGUGCUUUGGUAAUAGGAACGUUAAGCUGGGUCAGACAAUUUAUCAGUUGAGGCCAGUAUUGCCUACUACUUUGACUGGCAGUGGUACCCUACUUGCUACUUGAUUUGUUUUUACACUAAUGAUAUCAGUUUGAAUAUGGCACCCUUUUCAUCAAAAGUAUGUGCCCUGAGCUACAGUUCCUCCCUCGAUAAGGAUUGUUUACUAUAUGAGACUGUCCUUGAAUGGGCAUUUAUAUCAUGGCUACUACACUCUACAUUUGUAUUCAUCUUAAAACACACCAUAUAUAUUAUUUCAGUAAUCCUAACAACUACAGCUCUCUUAAGAUUGAUCAGUAUUAUUAGUUCCAUAUUUCACAUGUACAAUGGAGGCUUGUCUAAGGCAUCCAAGUGACUUUCUAGUCGCAUGAUUUGAAUGUAAAACUAACUUUUAAUAGCACUGCCUACUUUGGCCUCUGACCCUACCCCACUAGUUUAUCCAGAAGGGAAUGUGGCUCUCAGACUGAAAGAGUUCCCCACACUUGCAAUGAUCAAAUUUUCCAUGUUUGUGUUUAGUAAAAAAAGCUAAAAACUUUGAAAUGAAACUGCCAAGUUUGCAUUAUAUUGUAUUUUCAGUUGGCAUCCAUUAAUUCUUAUUAAUGAACUUUUUUCUGUGGAAAAAUAAAGCAUUGGUGCCCCACAUAACUUCUAAGUACUCCUUGUUCUACAGCCCCAUCCCAAGAAGUAGGAAAUUCAAGAGCUUGUAUUUGAUGUUGGUAGGAAGACCUGGCAGUUCUAUGGCUGGUCACAAAUUACAGCAGUAGCAACUUUUUGGGAAACGAGACCUUGAGCUUAUGUGUUACGCCCAUUCAAAAGCAUCCAGAGUAGUUUUAAAAGAUGAUGCACACACAUUCCAUUCCAGCAGGCUGCAACAGUGAGAGAUAAUGGGAAGCAGGGCCAGUCCAUCAGUUAUGCCUGAAAAACCCAGCUCCACCAGACCUACUCUCCUUUAACUGGCAGCAGCCAUUCCAACAGCAAGAGAAAAGACGCUGUGUCUUUCUGCCAGCUCUGCUGAAAGGACCAGCUUCAUCAAGCUUCUCCUGUCCCUAAACUCUUUUUCCAGCUAGUCAAUAUAAGAACUACAUACCACGGAGAAUUGUGGGUUUGGUUCCAGACCACCACAAUAAAGUAAAUAUCACAAUAAAGCAAGACACACAAUGCUUUUUGUUUCCCAGCGCAUAUAAAAGUUAUGCUUACAUUAUACAGUGGUACCUCGGGUUACAUACGCUUCACGUUACAUACGCUUCAAAUUACAGACUCCACUAACCCAGAAAUAUUACCUCGGGUUAAGAACUUUACCUCAGGAUGAGAACAGAAAUCGCGUGGCGGCAGCAGGAGGCCCCAUUAGCUAAAGUGGUGCUUCAGGUUAAGAACAGUUUCAGGUUAAGAACGGACCUCCGGAACGAAUUAAGUACUUAACCCGAGGUACCACUGUACUGUAGUCUAUUAAGCCAGGUCCCCCUGGCUGCAGGGCGGGAGGGGGAAAACCUACACACAUAGGAUCUCCUCUACAGAUGUUCCCCCUCAGUAUGCAUAUGGCAAAGGGUGGGUGGCAUGAUGGCAGAGGUAAUAAGUUUUUCACAUGUCAAAUUCAUGAAGGAAUCACCCAACUAGGGCUGUGAAGAUAGGCUGGAGCACAAAAUAAAGUUAUAUUAGAGUCCUUUGCUGUUCUCUUUAUAAGGGGGUCUGACUGUGUCAUUAUUUUUUCAGGCAAAUUAGAACUUUUUUCUUAAGCAGAUGGCUCUGUUUCCAUUAGUUGCAAAUCUCUAUACAGUAGGCCAGCCACGUACAUGAGGGUUUGGUUCCAGGGGUCCAUAUGCAAAGGCAAAAUCACAUAAAGCCAGCAACCCCUGGAACUACCCUCCUGUGUGACCAUCCCUGCCUGUCUGGAUCGGACCUUGCCCUCUGCCUUGCUAACCGGGCACUGGGAUCCUUCAGGAGCCUUCCUGCCGCCUUCCUAGAGACUGGAGGGCUCAAAAAGCUAUUUUCAUAACUGGUUUCUCCUGCUCCCCAUUUACGGUAUUUUUCUGUGUAUAAGUCAAUUUUUUUUGCUGAUUUUUUUCCAGUCAAGAAUUGGCGGUCAUCUUAUACACAGAAUGUGAAUGUGGGGCAGGGCUGGAAAGCUUGACUGCUUUCAGGCUACACUGUGGGGGAAAGGCGCUUUGCUCAUGCUCAGAGGCACUAUUUCCCCCUCAGCCAGGAGUGAGCCUGGUGUAUGGAGUUCAAGCUUCACGUGGUAUCCUGUAGACGCCUCGUCGCCCUGUCUGGAAGACUCUACUCUGCCUGCCUUCCUAAUCUUUCAGCUGACCUUCCAAAGUUUGGUGACUUAAGCUGUGUGGCUGCCAAUCCGCACUGAAGGUGUUAUUCUGGGGAGGGAGGGGUGGCUUCUCUGGCUCCAGUGCCCACCUGCUUCACCUUGCCCUGUCCAUGGAGAUGCAGUUGGCUGCGAGCACUCCUGGAUUGCUCCCAGCUCUGGUGGCUCAGAAUCCAGGAACUGGACGCUGCUGCUUUGUCUUCAUGCAGAGUAGGAUCAGGCAGGUUGCAGCUUAUGCUGCAAAGCGCGGGAGGGCAACAGACGAGCCCCCUCUCUUGCCCACCUGUUUUGAUCCUGGGCGCUUUCUGCCUGGGCUUGAAGGCAAUCUCCCCAAAAAAGCUCUCCCUGGCACUCUAAAUGAAAAAAAACUUGCCCGUUUUCAUGUUUUAAAUACUGAUUUCUUAAUUUUGGGUUAAAAAAAAAGAGAUCUUCUUAUACAUAAGGGCAUCUUAUACAUGGAAAAAUACAGUACGGUUAAACCUCAGUUUCCGAACAUCUCGGCUGCCGAACGUCUCAGAAGCCAAACACCGAAAACCCGGAAGUGAAUGCUUCUGUUUUCAAACGCAUCUCGGUAGUCGGAUCGCUUCUGAGGCACGUUUUUCAAUUUUCCCCAUUGAACUUGCUGACAGCCCUUUGAUCCUUGGUUUUCGAAUGUUUUGGAAGUUGAACAGACUUCCGGAAUGGAUUACGUUCAAAAACUGAGGUUCCACUGUAUUUAUUUUUCGGUUGCGUGCCUCAGGUCCCAAUCACGUAUGUAUAUUAUGUGUUGUUUGCGGGCCCAUUGUAUAGUAUUUAAAUCAGUAGCAAACUGCUGUGACUAGUAGAAGCAAUCACUAGAAGUUAACAGGAAAUGAGUCACAGUAGGCCUGUAAAUGAGUAAAACUGUAAGGUGCCAUAUAUUGGAACAAUUUCAAGAGGUGUAAGUAAGAAUAAGGGUGUGGUCCUACCAAUGAAAAAAUAUAUUAUAAAAUCACACAGAAUAGCUAUAUUCUGGUGAAAUGCCUGGCAAGUAUUCUAACGUCAUUCUAACAAGGGUAUUGAAAACAAUAGCUACCUUAAUCAUUACCUUGUUUUUUCAGAUUUGCCAGUUCUGUCCGAUUACUUUUUGUACCAGUCUUAAUAGGGCUUGAUUUUUAAUAGAAAAAAUAGUUUACUUGUGACAACUGUUUAAUAUGUAUCUAUUCAGGAUGGAUUUAACUAUGCCUACCUAGACUUGUCCAUACUUCUUUCAUGCUUUCUUUUCCCCUUCCCCUAGGUGUACAUGGGAGUUAUUUUCUCCUUGCUAGGCAUGGCCUGGGAUGUAGUAGAAAUAGGCUGGGCAACAGCACAUGUAUUUCUAUCCCCACUCCCCUGUGGCUGUUUGCCACUUUGGACCUUGCCCCUGUUAGAUGGAUAAAACAGAAGAUUGAUUAAUUUCAAUAUGUAUUGAUUGCAACAGGGAUGAUGGGCCAUCAGUUAGAUUCACAAACAAUACAGUGGUAAGUGGUACCUCGGGUUACAUAUGCUUGAGGUUACAUAUGCUUUAGGUUACAGACUCCACUAACCCAGAAUUAGUACCUCGGGUUAAGAACUUUGCUUCAGGAUGAGAACAGAAAUCGUGCAGCGGCAGCAGGAGGCCCCAUUAGCUAAAGUGGUGCUUCAGGUUAAGAACAGUUUCAGGAUAAGAACAGACCUCCAGAACGAAUUAAAUACUUAACCCAAGGUACCACUGUAAUGCUAACUGAAUGUAUUCUGCUGUUGUUAUCACAUAUACAGUGGUACCUUGGUUCUUGAACUUAAUCCGUCCCAGGAGUCCGUUCGACUCCCAAAACAGUUCAGAAACCAAGGCAUGGCUUCCAAUUGGCUGCAGGAGCUUCUUGCACUCAAGCGGAAGCUGUGUCGGACAUUUGGCUUCCAAAAAACUUUCGCAAAUCGGAACACUUCUGGGUUUGCUGCGUUCGGGAGCCGAUUUGUUCGACAACUAAGCUGUUCAGGAACCAAGGUACCACUGUAUUACAUUCUUCCUAAUGCAAGUAGAAGUACACUCAUUAUGGAAACUCAUAAUAGAACGAAUCUGGACAUUGCAGACAGAACCAACCAACACACAACAAGCAAGCAUCUUUCCAAAACCUUAAGGCUACAUUUUGUUCGAAUGAUUUUUUUUUGGGGGGGUGUCCAAUAGGGUGAGUGUUUGUUGGGUUGGGGGAUCCUCAUAUUUCAAAAGAGUGUCCAAGCUGUGUUAUUUACCGGUAAUCAAAUUACAGACAAUUUUAACCAAGUCAUUUUGUGUCUUGGUAUUUUGUAUAGUUUGUGAUAGAAGAGGAAAGCAAAUUUUUGAAGAAAUAUUUUGCUAGAUAAAUUGAAAUUGAUUAGAUGCUACUAAAUAAAGCCCAGUAUGGUAUGUUAUAAAAUGUAUAAUUUAUUAAGUGACAAACUAAUGACAAUCAGUUCAAAUACGGAGUCCACACCCUACUCCUGCAUUGUUUCAAAAUCCAAUAACCUUUAAAGAGGAGAAGUGAAAGAGAACAUGGGAACAGUGGAAAAAAACUUACCCUGCAAUGGAAAAUUUUAAUCUCUCAUGCAAGAUGCAGAGAUGCUAAACUGGAUCUUCUACAGAUUAUUAUUAUUUUUUUUGUCAGGUACACAAUGUGCAUUGGCUUGCAAUGCAAUUAAGAAAUCAGCUAUAUCAUAGAGGAGCUUUUACUUUAUUUUACCCUGAUCUUGUACAACAGGUGCAUGGGAAAUCUGCAGCCCUUCAAAUAGUUGUUGGACUAUAACUCCCAUCAACCCUGACAAUUAGCCAUGCUGACUGAAGGUUGCAAUCCAGCAAUAUCUGGAAGGCCAGAGCUCCCCCCUCCCCUGCUGUAUCGUUGUUCAUUUAACGGCUCUGUGCAUACAUGGAUUCGUUAAAGCUGCAUCAUAACCCCAACCAAUGUCACAGAAUUGUGACAUUACCUGUGUAUGUCAGAAAUGUGAAAUACUAUUUAUCUGUUCUCACAUUUUCACAAAAUUCAUCUGAGAUUGUCUUGUCAGAAUUCACGUUUCUUGGCAUUUACCAAAAAUGGUCAGUUCUUGUAAUAUGUACAUGUAAGGUUUAUAAAUUAGAUAGUUGAGGAGGCAUUGCCCUCUUGCCUUUAAUGUGAUCUUGCAGUUUUCUAGACUGAUACACUGCACUUUAAAGGUUUCACCUUGCAUUUACUUAACUAUGUUGUUUGCAUGUCCUUUGCUGACUGCAGGUGUCCUGUGAGAGUACAAUGGAAAUAAAAGCUGAGCAGUGUAAUCAUGCUAUGGUCAUAGAUCUCCUGAAAUUACUUUUAAAAGUUUCAACAAGGAAAAUAUUUGACUGCUUUUGUCGGUGUUAUUUUUAACAAUUCAUCUUUCUUUAUAUAAGGGGGGAUCGUUUUGUAAUUAAAAUGAUAGUGUAUUAAAGCUUAUGUGCCAUUUGGUUCUUGAAGAAGUUAAGGAGCUGAUUUCUCCCCCUCCCAUGCCCCAAUUAUGAUUCCAGCAAUCAGCAUGAUGAAGACCUUCCUCUUUUUGCCCCUCUCCAUUUGUACAGCUAAUGAUGCGUGAAGCCUAAUUAUUAUUAACCCCAGUGUAGUUUUUAGUUCUACCAUGCUUUCAGAGGCAAUCAUCUCUAUCUACUGUGACUUUUAUUUUGAUUAAUAUUAUGCAAAAUAUAGACUUACAUUUUUGCUGAUCUUGUUCUUUUGAAUUGCAAGCCACCAAACAGCAUUCAUCCGUACUGUGACAUUUUAUUUCAGAUGUGUGUGUUCUAGACUGAUAAUAAAACUUUCACCAUUUUCCAUGGUUAAGAUGUGAUGCUUAAUUUUAGAUUUAACUUCCACCAAGGAGAUUUAAGGAUCACAUGCUUUUAAAUAGUUGAAAUAGUCUCUACACGUCCUUCCUCAAAAAUAAGUUUUUUUGGCAAAUAUGCAAUAAACAGUUCUAUUUUCUCUUGACCUCUUUUUGUUCUUUGCACUGUUCCAUCAUUGUGUUCUUGCUUUACUUGUUUGUUUGUUUUUUCUCUCUCAAGAGAAACUUUGCUUCCAUCCCUGCUGCUGAUGCUGAUUUCUUAUGGAGCUCUGCUUUAUUAACCUCUUGAAAAAUUUCCAUUCAUACAUAAUGCUGCUGGUACUGACGUAAUGAAUGCAGUAAUAGGACUUGAAGUAGGAUUUCCAUCCAGUUAUGAAAGCCAGUGGUGGAAGUCUGUUGGUAUUUAGCAUAGAUUUUGAUCUCUAAAACUAGAAAAACUAAACUUUCUGAAACAAGAUAGAUAAUGUGGGCUCCCUGUUAAGUCAGUACUUACUUUUUGCUCCUUGUGAAGCUAGGAAUGGGGACAUUGAAAUGUUCUUCUGUUCUUGGUAUCCCAUGAAGGUGACUAGAGAUGUCUUCUGGGGACUGGGGCGGCUGUGAGGCUAUUCACUUCUACUGCCCUGAUCCUUUGGACAAAAGGAUAGAUAAAAGUAUUAUGGAUGGAUUUUUCGCCUCUCCAAAAGCAGGUUUAUGUGUGGAAUGGUAAUUCUAGCAAUUGUGAGUGUAAAGCCGGAGGAUUAUUCCUGGUUCAUAUGAAAUGAAAGGGAAUGAUUUGGGAAUAAACUGCAUUCUCAGCUUCUCAGGAGGAACUUCCAUGUGUAGAGAAAAACCAGAACAUAUUAGUCUAGUAGGGCAAGAAAAUCAUUGUAAGAAGUAGCUGGAAAAUAUUUAUUGUAGGUGUCCCAAGUACCAGGGAACUUUCUGAUCCUCAACAUCCAGUCUCUUCCUUGAUGAGUAGGUAGUCUGUUCAUUUAAGCAAAAUAAUUGAGUGAGGGAGGGGAGAUGGGCAAUUUGGUAUUGUGAAGAGUCUGCCAACAAAGAGGGGGAUGGAAGGAGACUGAUGUGAAGGAGUUUCACUCACGUGGCUUGCUCAUUGGGAAAGCAAGAGUUUUGCAAAUUUUAAACUUUAAAAAUUCCCAUCUCAAUUCAGAUUACUCUUUUUAAAGUAGUGACUAUUAAUGGCUCCAUUCAUAUCAACACCCAAUGUUUAUUCUAGGUUUUGUAUUUCAAGGAUGCAUUUAGUUAAAUGCUGAAUGCUCGAGACUGUGCAUAGCCAGUAUUUUGGAUAAUUUUCUAGAUAGUUUAAUAAAUACUUGAAUUUUUUUUCAUUAAGGGGAUAACUUGUAGUUAAGCAGAAAUGAGAGAGCAGAAAUAAUGAAAAUGAAGUAGAGAGAGUUAGCCAUUUUGAAAAAAAGAAGACUUUUAGAAAGGCUAUUGCCAAAACAAAAGCAUUUGUUGUAUUUCAGUAAUUGAACUCCAUGUUCCCAGGCACAUGGGUCAUUUUCUACAUCUCAAUAUUUAAGUAGGAUAUUAUGUUCUUGGGGAAGAUUGUUAAUAAUUAAAAUACUUUAUGUUUUAUACUCAGAAGAUUUAGCAGGAGUUAAAACGCUUUUCCUUUAGGGUUAUAUAAAUGGUAUUAUGAGGGAAAAGAUAUAAAAUCCUGUUUGGGGUGGAAGUGUGAAGAAUAAAGAUGCCGUUGUUACCUUGAUCUAAAGCAGGAAUGGAUCAUUGGAAAGCUGUACAUAACAAAACUUUGCCUAGGGACAUCUAGUAGCUUAGGAUUGCCUUGAACUGCAUUAAGACAGGUUUUUUAAAUGUCAAGUAUGCUGCAAGCCCCCCAGGGACUGUUUUUAAUCCCUCUUAGCUUACACAUGGACUUCUGACCAGCAAGAUCAGUAUAGGUAACACAGUGUCUAGAUUGAAAAUGUGCAGUAAAUAAAACCAUGAACCAUGAAAACUUAGUGAAGUGGUUAAACACACAAGUUAUGAAUUGUGAAGCCUGUGAUUUAGAUCUCUGCUUCACCAUAUGCUCACUCUGAGGUAUCAUGCUCUGGUAUGGGAACAAUAAUGUAAUCACAAGUAAAAUUCCAGGGAAGGGAGGCAAAGACUACUUCAGGGCCUGCUCCAGCUGCUUUUCCCCUCUCCCUCUCAGAUGUGUGUGAUCUACUGUCAUCUACCCAAUGGGAAGGAUUCAAGGAAGAGAGGUGAUGUUGAUGGUGAUGUCUGCUCUCCCAGAGAAGACUAUUCCAAAGAGUAGAUGCCAGAGAGGGCCAGCUCCACUUCUAGAUCUUGACAGCAUGUGAAAAGGUGUAGAGCCCAUGCCAGAUAUUAUGUGAGGAAGUAUGUAUGAGAAGAUGCUCUGUGGUGUGGUAUGCAAGACACAGGCUGUUUAGGACUUCAAAGUUAAAUUUAAAAAAGCAGCACCUAUGAGUUGUGCUUUGAAGUAAAAAGACAACCAGUGAAGUCACAAAUACUUUAAUGCACAUCAGUCAAUAAGGGACUGCAACAUCUGGACCAAUUGUGAUGCUUUUCAAAUCCAUUUUCAAGGGCAUGUUAAUAGGAAAUGUUUUUCUGUAGUGUAAGCAGGAGGUUACCAAUGCAUGAAGAACAAAAGCAAGAUUCUGUUGCAUAAUACUGGAAUAUUAUGCAUGCCCCUGUAUGAGAGACAGCUUUUAUGCUCAUGUUUGAAGGUGAGGCCUGUUGAAUCAUGUCCUGGGUGAUACCCAAGAGAAUGCAGUUUUGUAAAUACACACAGUUCAGCAUCCUCUGUGGACUGCUCUGAACAUAUAUGAAAGAAAACAAGUUGUGAAAGCGCUUGAAAAAUUAAUGAGCUCGCUGGGGAAGAGUGGAGAGUGGCAUACGUUUGCGUAUCAGGUGAAAUCUGUAGCAAAUACAUUUUUCUGUGAGGAUCAGAGGUUGUAGAGAUUAUUUUGACAAAGUCUUUAUGUGUUUGCACACAUGCAUGCAUUUUCUGUUACGAUGACAGAGCACAAUUUCUUGAAUGUAUUGUCAUGAUUACAAUAGCUUGUUUAUUUGGAAGUAAGCUAGGGUUGCCAUAUUUCAAAAAUAGACUCAGUGUCUGUUCUGAGUAGGAAUACAACCCAAUGCAUCUUACCCUGAGUAGAUGAUCAUUGGAUGCAUCUUUAUCUGAGGGUAUUGCUAUCGUAGAGUAAUUCAUUGGAACUGGAAAAAUAGUGCCAUCUUCUGGAUAGAAGUGUGUUGCAGAAAUGGACUGGAUGCAAUAGUAGUUAGGUAGUCAGAAUGUGCUUCACACCAGUAAGCCAUUAAGAGUAAACAUUAGGUAUACUCAUUGCUUAUCUUCUGUAGUAUCACAGGUAUGAAAUUAUUGAGCUCAAAAUAUUUUGUUAAGUGUAUUUUCACCGGGUAGUGUGCCUGAUGAUAAUAUUGCUAUGGUCCAGCAAGUAUUUGUUAAAUUUCUGUUCACUCUGCUGAGGGCAGCAAACAACAAAACAAAGCACAAAAUUUGAAGACGAUCUAAAAUGUAUCUUAAAAAGAAUUAAGUAUCCUCAGUGCUAAUAAGUUCAGUAUUAUCAGUAUCACAUACACAUCUAUUGUUUAAAAUCCCUCUGUGUGUCUGUGUAUGUUUGUGCAUGUGCGCGCGCGCACACACACACACUUCUAGAAAUUUAUCAAUUUUUAUAAAAAAGAGUUGUUUGUUUCUGCAAUCCAUUGCCAUUUAAGUUUUAAGAUAAAUUUUGUGCACACCUACUUGGAAGCAAGGAUCUUUGAAUUCUGGGAUUUAUUUCUAAGAUGACAUGCUUUGCACAGCUUUGCACUGUGAUCCUGUACUUGGGUCUAUCUAAAAAUAAGUCUGCGACCUAGAACACUUUGUGGUCUCUCAGAAUUAGCUGCAUGAUUGUUCAUGUAACACUCUUUAUGGGAGAACCAGUGGUCACAUUAUUUUUAGCUACAAAUCUUAAAGACUAAACUAUAUUAGACCUUUGCUAUAUUUGCUAAUAGGAUUUAGCUCAUCUCUGCUUUUCUUUUUCAAGAUGAUCAAAAUAGACCAUUGAGCUUCAAAAUGUGUGAUCCUCAGUCUUGAAGACCACUAUAAUUCUGUACGAUAUAAUGUUUGUCAUCUUAUAAGGAGAAAAACAUACGUAGAUACAGAGUAAACUUUUAAGAUUAUCCUCCUGUUUAAGUUGGAGAUAAGGUUGCUAAGAAUAAAACAAGCAAUGCUGAACAUACUACUUUUAUAGAAAUAUGCACAAUAGGUAUUAAUGUGUUUUAAAAAUGAGGGGGAUUGUGAAUUUCUGUCUAUUUGUGUGAUCUAUGUAUGCACAAUUUUCUGAACAUGAAUUCUUUUUAGUUCUCUUUUUGGAAGCUGCUCUCAGAAGUCUAAAGCUUUUCUUUAAACUCUUGAGUUCAAAAAAGCUAAUUUGACAUUCUGAUUCAUUUUAUAUUUGCUGUUUAUAUGUUUUUAAAAUCGAUUUGUAUAUUUUAAUAUAUUGUUAAGUACCAUCCUGAGAACCUUUGAGUUAAAGUGCAAAAUACAAACUCACUAAAUAAUAAUUAAAUGGAAAAUGCUUGUGUUUAUUCUUCUGGGACCGUUCUCUUAAAAGCUCAAAAAGCUAAAUUGCAAACUCCUUUAUUACCUGGGGAGUUCAAAGUGGUGUUGAGGAACUCUUUUCAAAGGCUAGUUUAGGUUGUGGCCAGGCUCUUUCUUUUUAAAAUGAAUAGUAAUAAAUAGCGUGUGUAUGUAUGCAUGCAGACUAAAAGAAAGGAAGCAUCAAAUGGAAACACUGGUUUACAGUGUUAUUUGCAUGUUCUAUCUACGACAGGCUUUAGAAAGCUAGAUGGGUAUCCGUAAUAUGAUAUAGAGAAAAGAGUGGAAAUGCGUCAUUUAUCUACAGUUUUGCCCUGUGGACUAUUGUGCUGAUAAUAAAAUGCUGCAAGGGUUAGCAGAUUUGAACAGCUAAGAGAAACAGUGCGAGUGCUUCUCCCCCUUCCACUUUCUGCAUUGACAUUCUCCCUGCUCCUUCGUAAUAGGCACGCCUAGUAGCUGUGUGCUAAUCCCAAUUGGCUAAAAUUGUGAGAGGCGUGGUAUGCAGAUUAUGGUAUGACCUCACUCCUGUUUGUCUCAGUGCUUAGAGCUUGUUGGCUCUUUUCAGUUUCUGCUUCAGAGCGGAGAGUUUCACUUCUCUUUCUCUCAAUCUCGGUUGCGAAAGAAUCUGUUAUUUGUGCUCUUUCAGACAACGUUGCUAAACGAAAAGGGAUUUUCUUCUGUUUCCAUAGACUUUCUAGCGGGAAUAAACAUAUACUGGAGAAGCGAUCUCUGUGUGAGCUGCCUUCACAACUGCCACAUUGGUGUGUCUAA